AUGACUACUCCUUACGAUGAAAAUGGAAGUUUUGAACCUCAAUCUUUAAGGCCAGUUGUGGUAGCAGUGGUUCCAUUCCCAGCUCAAAGCCAUCUCAACCAGCUCCUACAACUCUCCCAUGUCCUCUCUUCACAUGACAUCCCAGUCCACUACAUAGGCUCCACUCUCCACAAUUCCCAGGUCAAGUCUCGAGCCUCAAUCCCUCUUAACCACCUAACCAAAAUCCAUUUCCAUGACUUCCAAACUCCUCAAUUUCCUUCUCCAAAUUCAGUCUCCAAAACCAAAUUUCCCCAACAUGGACUUUCCACUCUGAAAGCCAUCACCUCCCUCCGCCACCCAAUAUUCUCACUUCUCCGCUCGCUCUCUCACACCGCCACGCGACUCGUAGUUGUCUACGACACUUUCAUGGCUUCCCUAGUACAAGAUGUCAUUUCUCUACCAAAUGCAGAAGCUUACUGUUUCAAUUCCGCUUCUGCAUUUUCUUGCUUUGCCUUUGUAUGCCAAUUCUUGGGACACAAAGACAAAGUUCUCAUAAGAAACCUUCCAUCCGGGGCAUCAUGUUUCCCAACUCUUUUCAGAAUUUUCAUGACUUUGCAGGGUGUGAUGUCAGAUAUCACCAAGUCAGGAAGUCUUUUCAACACUUACAGAGCUAUCGAAGGCUCUUUCCUCGAUGAGAUCGAGUCGAACAAAGAGAUUUUUGGGAGAAGGAAGAUGUGGGCAUUGGGGCCAUUGUUACACCAAACUACAACAAUCACUAACGAGCUCAAAGAAGAGGAUGAGUUUUUGUUUCAUUGGCUGGACAAACAAGAGCAAAACAGUGUGUUGUACAUCUCUUUUGGAACCACAACUACUUUGUCUGAUGUAGAGAUCAGAGAGCUUGCUUUGGGUUUAGAACAGAGUGGAGUGAAGUUUGUUUGGGCAUUCAGAGAUGCAGACAAGGCAGAUGUUUUUUGCAAGGAAGAAUGGAAGAGACAUGAUCAACUUCCAAAUGGAUUUGAGGAAAGAAUAAGAAGCCUGGGAGUGGGAAUGGUCUUGAGGAAUUGGGUGCCUCAAGUGAAGAUUUUGGGACACUCCUCAACUGGUGGGUUCAUGAGUCAUUGUGGGUGGAACUCUUGCAUGGAGAGCUUAACCAUGGGAGUGCCUAUGGCAGCUUGGCCAAUGCACUCAGAUCAGCCUAUGAAUGCUGUGUUAAUCACUGAGGUACUCAAAGCAGGUGUGGCUGUAAUGGAGUGGAAGCAAAGAGAUGAGUUGGUGACAUCAUCGAUGAUCGCCAUGGCUGCGAGGAAACUAAUGGCUUCGAAAGAAGGGGAAGAGAUCAGAGUGAGAGUUGAAGAGCUGAGUAAAGCAGUAGAAAGAUCUCUCAAUGAAGGAGGAGAUAAUUGUCUAGAGUGGGACUCUUUUGUUGCUCAUAUCAGUAGAGAGAGCACUUCAGCAAGGAAUAGCAAGAAAUAUUAUAACAUUCGCUUGAAGUUGAUUAGAACACUCGUGAAUUUCUCUAUGCCUUUGGUUUUUGGCAUGAACUUUUUCAUUGGUAAGAAAAAACAAGUGUUUGUUCUUUUCUUCUCCUUUGUCCUUUCUUUUCUUUUCUUGUUUUAUUUCCAAUAA